AUGGCCAGUAUUUCUCUUGCCUCCUUCUUCUCCGUCGUCGUCGCUAUCCUCGCCGUGCUCCUCCUCGCUUUCGUCGAAGAACCGCCUCCCUUCAAUUCCUUUUUCACUUUGAAUUUCCACAAAAAUUUCCAUCUCCAGCAUUGCAAGCACCAUCAUCACCAUCACCGCUUUGAGUCUCCUUGUGACGACUUUCCGCCGGACUUUCCUCCACCGGACACCGAAACUGCCACGUUCCUCUGCGUCGACAGCAACGGUUGCUGCAACUUCACCACCGUGCAGGCGGCCGUGGAUGCCGUCGGUGAGUUUGGUCGGAAGAGGAGCAUCAUCUGGAUCAACCACGGCGUCUACUAUGAGAAGGUGACGAUACCGAAGACAAAGGCAAACAUCACGUUCCAAGGGCAAGGCAUGUACACGACCGCCAUUGCCUGGAACGACACCGCCAACUCCACCGGUGGCACGUUUUAUAGCGCGUCCGUCGCAGUCUACGGAGUCAAUUUCAUUGCCAAGAACAUAAGUUUCAUGAAUGUUUCGCCCAUUCCGAAGCCGGGCGACAUGGGAGCGCAGGCGGUGGCGAUACGGGUGGGAGGCGACCAAGCGGCCUUCUGGGGUUGUGGCUUCUUCGGGGCGCAGGACACGCUGCACGACGACAGAGGUCGCCAUUUCUACAAGGAAUGUUUUCUUCAGGGCUCCAUCGAUUUCAUUUUUGGUGAUGCAACAUCCUUGUACCAGAACUGUGAAAUGCUAUCUAUCUCAGCUCCGGUACCCACCGGACUAAACUUCAUUAACGGCGCAGUCACCGCCCAUGGGCGCACAUCGGCCAACGACAGCACCGGCUUCUCCUUCGUCAACUGCAGCAUUGGCGGCACCGGCCGGAUCUGGCUGGGCCGGGCGUGGAGGCCCUUCUCCCGGGUCGUCUUCAUCAACACCUUCAUGUCCGACGUGGUGGCUCCGGAAGGAUGGAAUGACUUCGACGACCCCAACCGAGACCGGACUGUGUUUUAUGGUGAGUACGAGUGCAGCGGUGCUGGUGCCAGUGGGGCUAUGAGAGUGGCUUAUGCAAUGAAGCUGAAUGAGAGUGAAGUCGUACAAUUUCUGAACAUUUCAUUCAUUGGCGGAGAGCAGUGGCUGCAGCCUUUUGACUCUCAUCUUUUGCUUUAA